UUUAGUUUUUACCCAGGUGUGUACAGGAGUUGUAUGGUCUGGGUAUUUUUGUACGAAUAAUAUCAUUUGGCGAUGGAUAUACCAGAGAAAUACAAGUAUCUGUUCAAGUUUUUGAUUAUUGGAGCCUCAGGCUCUGGAAAAACAUGUAUUUUACGAAGAUAUACUGAAGGAAAAUUUAUACCCAAUAUGCCUCAUACAAUUGGAGCAGAAUUUGGCAGUAAGAUCAUAAAUGUAGAUGGGACAACUGUUAAAAUUCAGAUAUGGGAUACUGCAGGUCAGGAGCGUUUUCGAUCAGUGGCUCGUUCAUAUUACCAUGAUGCUGUUGGAGCAUUGCUAGUCUAUGAUAUUACUAGUAGAGAUUCGUUUAAUGAACUAGCCUCUUGGUUGUCCGAUGCACGAACUCUUGCUUCGCCUGAUAUCAUGAUUGUACUAGUUGGAAAUAAAAAAGAUUUACAGGAUAGUGAUGGACAUAUAACUAAUUGGGAGGCUAGCGCAUUUGCUCAAGAUAAUGAUCUUUAUUUCUUAGAAACAUCAGCACUUACUGGAGAAAAUAUUGAUGAAGCUUUUACUCAAUGUGUUCAAAAACUUAUUUUUAAAAUUAGAAAUGGUGAAUUAGAUCCAGAUCGUUUAAACUGUAAUCGACAAUCAUCUAGUUUAACAUUUAGGGAAUAUUCAAAACUGAAUUCUAUCCCACAAGUUCAUGUACAAAAUGAUUCAACACUUUCAUAUGAAUGUAAUUGUUAAUAAUUAUUUUAAUAAGUUUUUCAGUUAUUGUUUUUUUUUUAUUUAUUAUUAAUCUUAUGACAUUUAUUACUGUUUAAUAGGCAUUCAUUCUUUGUAUCAAAUAAAACAUAAUCUUUAAUUUUUAACUAACUUCAUAUAUGUUUCUCUUUUAUUUUAUUCUCUAUUUCAAUUGUUCUGUAUUGUAAAAUCUAUCAGAUUAGUUUUAUUUACUAUAUUUCCAUAACUUUAUAAAUUGCAUUUCAAUAAUUGAUUUAAUGUAUAUUCUAUAGAUCUUCUUUCUGUUCAAAGAAUUCAAUCUUUUAAAUGACAAGUUUAAAUUUGUUCUUUAUGUCAUUUGUUGUUGUUGUUGUUGUUGAAACAUUUGAUUUAAUAUUAUUUUCUUUCAUACAAAAUUCUUUAUGGUUGUAAGCUUAUAAUUUAUAAUUUAGUAUGUAUAAUUAAAUGGGUUUAAUUAUAUUAUAAUUCUCUUUGCUUCAAUUUCUCAGGGUUUUUUCUUUUCUAUCUCUGAGAAGUUUAGUAGUUAUAUUUUGUUUUAUCCCUUUAAAUAAAUUAGUAAUCAGUAAGUAUAUACGCAUUGUUUUUGUUUGAUGGUAUUUAGUGAACCUAAUCAAUAAUAAAUUUUUCUGGUUAGCGUUUUUUUUUUUAGCGCGAGUUAGUUUUCUACGGGAUGGGGUCGCUAACCCCAUGCUCAACCCUCCUCCUUUAUCCGAGCUUGGGACCGGCAGUAGCCUCUGGAGGGACUCUAGGCGGAGUUCUUUCGCCUGGUGAUCGACUGCAUCAUGAAGAUGUCAAUAUCUGAAGGGAAGCACGGGAUACAGUGGAUAGCUAGGAUGCAGCUGAACGAUCUAGACUUCGCAGAUGAUCUGGCUCCUCUAUCGUAAACCCAACAACAAAUGCAGGAGAAGACAACCAGUGUAGCUGCAGCCUCAGCAGCAAUAGGCCUCAAUAUACACAAAGGGAAAAGCAAGAUUCUCCGGUACAACACAGCAUGCACCAAUCCAAUCACGAUUGACGGAGAGGAUUUGUAAGAUGUACAAACCUUUACAUAUUUGGGCAGCAUCAUCGAUGAACACGGUGGAUCUGAUGCAGAUGUGAAGGCACGGAUCGGCAAAGGAAGAGCAGAAUAUUUACAACUGAAGAACAUCUGGAACUCAAAACAAUUGUCAACCAACACCAAGGUCAGAAUUUUCAAUACAAAUG